AUGGGUGUCCCUAACGGUAAUGCGGCCAGCCAGGCCAGCUCCUACGCGGCCAAGCACAGCACACUGGCCUCACAUUUCAUCGGUGGCAAUCGCCUGGAAGCCGCUCCCCCAAGUAGUGUGAAGGACUUCGUGGCCGCCCACGAUGGUCACACUGUCAUUACUUCCGUACUUAUUGCCAACAAUGGUAUCGCCGCCGUCAAGGAGAUCCGAUCAGUGCGAAAAUGGGCCUACGAAACCUUCGGCAACGAGCGGGCGAUUCAAUUCACCGUGAUGGCUACCCCCGAAGAUCUACGAGCGAAUGCCGAUUACAUCCGUAUGGCCGAUCAAUACGUCGAGGUUCCUGGCGGAACUAAUAAUAAUAAUUAUGCAAACGUUGAGUUGAUUGUCGAUGUUGCGGAGCGAAUGGAUGUCCACGCUGUGUGGGCUGGAUGGGGUCACGCUUCGGAAAACCCACGAUUACCCGAGUAUUUGGCUGCCUCGCCAAAGAAGAUUAUUUUCAUCGGCCCCCCGGCUUCGGCUAUGCGUUCGCUUGGAGACAAGAUCUCGUCCACCAUUGUUGCACAGCAUGCGGGUGUGCCUUGUAUCCCAUGGUCCGGAACUGGCGUGGAUGAGGUAACGAUCGAUGACAAGGGUAUUGUGACCGUGGAGGACGAUGUCUACGCCAAGGGUUGCACCUCCUCCCCCGAGGAGGGUCUGCAGAAGGCCAAGGAAAUUGGAUUUCCUGUCAUGAUUAAGGCCUCCGAGGGUGGUGGUGGUAAGGGUAUUCGUAAGGUCGAGCAUGAGGAAGACUUCAUUUCUCUGUACAAUGCCGCUGCCAACGAGAUUCCUGGAUCGCCAAUCUUCAUCAUGAAGCUGGCUGGAAAUGCCCGCCACUUGGAGGUCCAGUUGCUGGCUGAUCAGUACGGUAACAACAUCUCUCUCUUUGGCCGUGACUGUUCCGUGCAGCGUCGUCACCAGAAGAUCAUUGAGGAGGCCCCCGUCACCAUCGCCAAGCCCAUUACUUUCCAAGCUAUGGAGCGCGCUGCGGUCAGCUUGGGCCGUCUUGUGGGUUACGUCUCUGCUGGUACCGUCGAGUACCUCUACUCGCACUCUGAUGACCAGUUCUACUUCCUCGAGUUGAACCCUCGUCUUCAGGUCGAGCACCCUACUACCGAGAUGGUUUCUGGCGUCAACAUCCCGGCUGCGCAGCUGCAGGUUGCUAUGGGUAUUCCCCUGCACCGCAUCCGCGACAUUCGUCUGCUGUACGGAGUUGACCCCAACACUUCCUCCGAGAUCGACUUUGACUUCUCCAGCGAGGAGAGCUUCAAGACCCAGCGCCGCCCCCAGCCUAAGGGCCAUACCACCGCUUGCCGUAUCACAUCUGAGGACCCCGGCGAGGGCUUCAAGCCUUCCAGCGGUACCAUGCACGAGCUCAACUUCCGUAGUUCGUCUAAUGUGUGGGGUUACUUCUCUGUCGGUACGGCCGGUGGUAUUCACAGCUUCUCGGACAGUCAAUUCGGUCACAUCUUCGCCUAUGGCGAGAAUCGAUCGGCCUCGCGGAAGCACAUGGUUGUUGCUUUGAAGGAAUUGAGUAUCCGCGGUGAUUUCCGAACCACCGUUGAGUACCUCAUCAAGCUGCUCGAGACCCCCGCUUUCGAGGACAACACCAUCACCACUGGAUGGUUGGAUCAACUCAUUUCUAACCGUCUGACCGCCGAGCGCCCGGACCCCAUUGUCGCUGUUGUUUGCGGUGCCGUCACCAAGGCACACCUUGCCAGCGAGGAGGGUAUCGACGCCUACCGAAAGGGUCUCGAGAAGGGUCAGGUGCCAUCUCGCGAUGUCCUGAAGACCGUCUUCCCCGUUGACUUCAUUUACGAGGGCUCCCGAUACAAGUUCACUGCUACCCGUGCCGGCCUGGACAGCUACCACCUGUUCAUCAACGGCUCCAAAUGUUCCGUUGGUGUCCGCGCUCUCGCCGACGGUGGUCUGCUCGUUUUGCUGAACGGCCGCAGUCACAACGUUUACUGGAAGGAGGAGCCCGCCGCCACUCGCCUGAGUGUUGAUGGUAAGACCUGUCUUCUGGAGCAGGAGAACGACCCUACCCAGUUGCGCUCCCCCUCGCCUGGUAAGCUGGUCAAGUUCACUGUCGAGAACGGUGAGCACGUUCGUGCUGGCCAGCCUUACGCCGAAGUUGAGGUUAUGAAGAUGUACAUGCCUCUCAUCGCCCAAGAAGACGGUAUUGUGCAGCUCAUCAAGCAGCCUGGAGCGACCCUCGAGGCUGGAGAUAUCCUUGGCAUUCUUGCCCUGGAUGACCCCUCCCGCGUCAAGCACGCUCAGCCCUUCACUGGCCAGCUUCCUGAGAUGGGUUCUCCUGUCGUCAACAUUCUCCGUGGAUUUGACAACCAGGUAAUCAUGGGUGCGACCCUCAAGGAUCUCGUUGAAGUUCUGCGCAACCCUGAGCUUCCUUACGGAGAGUGGAGCGCCCAGUCUUCUGCUCUGCACUCGCGUAUGCCUCAGAAGUUGGACGCCCAGCUUCAGAACAUUGUCGACAAGUCCAAGGCUCGCCACGCUGAGUUCCCUGCUAAGCAAUUGCAAAAGACCAUCGUCAAGUUCAUCGAGGAGAACGUUAACCCUGCCGAUGCUGAGAUUCUGAAGACUACUCUGCUCCCUCUGGUCCAUGUCAUCAACAAGUACAUCGAUGGCCUGAAGGUCAACGAAUACAAAGUUUUCAUCAGCCUGCUCGAGCAGUACUACGAAGUUGAGAGCCUCUUCUCCACUGGCGUCAAGCGUGAUGAAGACGUGAUCCUGAAGCUCCGUGACGAGAACAAGGAUGAUAUCCUCAAGGUUGUUCACACCGUGCUCUCCCACAGCCGCAUCAGCUCCAAGAACAACCUGGUCCUGGCCAUCUUGGACAUGUACCGCCCCAACCAGCCUAAUGUCACGAACGUUGGCGCCUAUUUCAAGGACAUCCUCAAGAAGCUCACUGAGCUCGAAGCUCGUUCGGCCGCCAAGGUCACUCUCAAGGCCCGUGAAGUUCUCAUUCAGUGUGCUAUGCCCUCUUUGGAAGAGCGUCUGUCCCAAAUGGAGCACAUUCUGCGCUCUUCCGUUGUGGAGUCUCGCUACGGUGAGACGGGCGGUUGGGAGCACCGUGAGCCCGAUCUUGGCACCUUGAAGGAGGUUGUCGACUCGAAGUACACUGUCUUCGAUGUGCUUCCUCGCUUCUUUGUCCACCAGGACCCAUGGGUUACGCUUGCUGCGCUGGAGGUCUACGUGCGCCGCGCAUACCGUGCUUACACCGUCAAGGCUAUUGACUACAGCCCUUCAACUGACAUACCCUUCCUGACGUGGGACUUCAGCAUGGGCAAGCUUGGCCAGCCUGAAUUCGGCCCGGUCUCCUCAACUCAGCCCUCAACCCCCGGGACUCCCACUGCUGAGACCAAUCCCUUCAAGCGCAUCAACUCCAUUAGUGACAUGUCUUACCUGGUCAACGACCCGACCAGUGACCCUCUUCGUAAGGGUGUGAUUGUCCCCGUUCAGUACCUGGAAGAUGCUGAGGAGGCUCUCCCCAAGGCCCUGGAGGCUCUUCCUCGCCUGGACAGCAAGGCCAAGCGCCCUGCUGACAGUGGCUUGCUUGCCAACCUGGAAGGAAAGCGCCGCCCCGGAGUCAAGGUUGACACCGCUACAAACGACCUGAGUGGUGUUUGCAACAUUGCCAUCCGCGACAUCGAGACUGCAGACGAUGCUCAGCUCGUUGGCCAGAUGCAGAAGCUGCUCGCAGACAACAAAGAAGAGCUCCUUGCCCGCCGUAUCCGCCGUGUCACUUUCAUCUGUGGCAAGGACGGUGUCUACCCCGGCUACUUUACCUUCCGCGGCCCUGACUACGAUGAGGAUGUCAGUAUCCGACACAAUGAGCCCGCUCUUGCUUUCCAGCUUGAGCUCGGUCGUCUGUCCAAGUUCAAGAUCAGGCCCGUUUUCACUGAGAACCGCAAUAUCCACGUCUACGAGGCUAUUGGCAAGGGCCCUGAGAACGACAAGGCUGUCGACAAGCGGUACUUCGUUCGUGCCGUGGUGCGCCCUGGUCGCCUUCGGGAUGACAUUCCUACUGCCGAGUAUCUGAUCUCUGAGGCUGACCGUCUGAUGACCGACAUUCUGGAUGCUCUUGAGAUCAUUGGCAACAACAACUCUGAUCUUAACCACAUUUUCAUCAACUUCUCGCCUGUCUUCAACCUGCAGCCCAUCGAUGUUGAGCAGGCUCUGGCUGGCUUCCUUGACCGCUUCGGUCGUCGUCUGUGGCGUCUCCGUGUCACUGGGGCUGAGAUCCGUAUUCUUUGCACCGACCCCAGCACCGGCCUCCCUUACCCUCUCCGUGUCAUCAUCAGCAACACCUUCGGAUUCAUCAUCCAAGUUGAGCUCUACAUCGAGCGCAAGUCCGAGAAGGGCGAGUGGAUCUUCCAGAGCAUUGGUGGCACCACCAAGCUGGGCUCCAUGCACAUGCUUCCUGUCUCUACUCCUUACCCUACCAAGGAGUGGCUGCAGCCCAAACGUUACAAGGCUCACCUCAUGGGAACACAGUACGUGUACGAUUUCCCCGAGCUCUUCCGCCAGGCCUUCCAGAACAGUUGGACCAAGAUCCUGGAGAAGAUUCCUUCUCUGGCUUCUCAGCGCCCCCCCUGUUGGCGAGUCUCCCGUGAGCCUGGCACCAACACCCACGGUAUGGUCGGAUGGAUUGUCACUGCCCGUACUCCUGAGUACCCUCGCGGCCGUCGUUUCAUCAUCGUUGCGAACGACAUCACCUUCCAGAUCGGCUCCUUCGGUCCCCAGGAAGACAAAUUCUUCCACAAGUGUACCGAGCUUGCUCGCAAACUUGGUAUUCCUCGUAUCUAUCUGUCUGCCAACUCGGGUGCCCGUAUCGGUAUCGCUGAUGAACUGAUCCCCUACUUCUCUGUCGCUUGGAAUGAUGCGUCCAAGCCCGAGGCUGGCUUCAAGUACCUCUACCUCACCCCCGAGGUCAAGAAGCGCUUCGAUGCUAGCAAGAAGAAGGAGGUCAUCACUGAGCUCAUCACCGAUGAGGGUGAGGAGCGGCACAAGAUCACCACUGUCAUUGGUGCCAAGGACGGUCUCGGUGUCGAGUGUCUGAAGGGCUCCGGUCUUAUUGCCGGUGCUACUUCUAAGGCUUACGAGGAUAUCUUCACCAUCACUCUUGUUACCUGCCGCUCCGUUGGUAUCGGUGCUUACCUCGUUCGUCUCGGUCAACGCGCCAUCCAGGUUGAGGGCCAGCCCAUCAUCCUGACUGGUGCUCCUGCUAUUAACAAGCUGCUGGGUCGUGAGGUCUACACCUCUAACCUGCAGCUCGGUGGUACUCAGAUCAUGUACAAGAACGGUGUUUCCCAUAUGACUGCCAACGAUGACUUCGAGGGUGUGCAGAAGAUUGUCGAGUGGAUGUCUUUCUACUUCCCUCCGGCUAAGCAGGCCUAUGACCCUCGCUGGCUUAUUGCUGGUAAGCAGGAGGAGGACGGCUUCUUGCCCGGCCUCUUCGAUAAGGACUCUUUCGAGGAGGCUCUCGGUGGCUGGGCCCGCACGGUCGUCAUCGGUCGUGCCCGCCUUGGAGGUAUCCCCAUGGGUGUGAUUGCUGUUGAGACUCGCCCCGUGGAGAACAUCACCCCUGCUGACCCUGCCAACCCUGACUCUAUGGAGACCAUCAGCCAGGAGGCCGGUGGUGUGUGGUACCCCAACUCGGCCUACAAGACCGCCCAGGCUCUGCGUGACUUCAACAACGGUGAGCAGCUGCCCGUCAUGAUCCUUGCCAACUGGCGAGGUUUCUCCGGUGGCCAGCGUGACAUGUACAACGAGGUUCUCAAGUACGGUUCCUACAUCGUCGAUGCCCUCGUCAAGUACGAGCAGCCCAUCUUCGUCUACAUUCCUCCCUUCGGUGAACUGCGUGGUGGAUCCUGGGUUGUCGUCGACCCCACCAUCAACCCCGAGCAGAUGGAGAUGUACGCCGACGAAGACUCCCGCGGUGGUGUCCUCGAGCCCGAGGGUAUCGUCAACAUCAAGUACCGUCGCGACAAGCAGCUCGAUACCAUGGCCCGCCUGGACCCCACCUACGGCGAGCUGCGCCGCUCUCUGGAGGACUCUUCGCUGAGCAACGAGCAGCUGUCGGAGAUCAAGCUCAAGAUGGCUCAACGCGAGGAGCAGCUUCUGCCCGUGUACAUGCAGAUCGCUCUGCAGUUUGCCGAUCUGCACGACCGCGCAGGCCGCAUGCAAGCCAAGAACACCAUCCGUCAUCCCCUCAAGUGGCAGAACGCCCGCCGCUUCUUCUACUGGCGUCUGCGUCGCCGUCUCAGCGAAGAGCUGAUCGUCAAGCGCAUGGCUGCUGCCUCCAGCUCUCCUGCGCCCCGCAACGGCGCCGGCGGUGCUAUUCCUGCCUCCGGUACCCGCGCCACCCCCGAAGCUGCUCGUGCGGCCCAUCUCCGCGCCCUGCAUGCUUGGACUGGUCUGCUCGACGAGGAGAUCGAGCACGACGACCACAAGGUUGCCCUCUGGUACGAGGAGAACAAGAAGGUUAUCCAGUCGAAGGUCGAUGCUCUCCGCAACGAGGGCGUCGCUUCCGAGGUUGCAUCGCUGCUUAUUGGCAACAAGGAGGGCGGUCUCCGUGGUGUCCAGCAGGUUCUCUCUAUGCUCCCUGUGGAGGAGCGUGAGUCUGUCCUCAGAUUCCUUGGUACUCCAUAG